ACAAGACAGGUACCAAGGAGGGGCAGUGUGUGGUGGGAAGGACUGGGUGCUGCAGAGUCUGUUAAUGCCCCCAGCAGUGGCAUACCUGUAGUGAGAACAGCAUCUGCCCUUUCAGCUUCUGUUUCCUUGGCUGGGGGGCUGCUCUUGUGCUGGCAUGAUCAAUAGGCCCUUCAGACCCGUUUGGAUGGGGAUACAGAUGGAGAGUAGCAAAAACUGACAGUAGGGCUGCAGGCUCCAUGCUAACAAAGAGAGCAGUAGGGAGGGUUGGGCUGGGACCCUCAUCACCUGUCUCCAAUCCCAACCUCAGGCAUCCCAGUUCAGUAUGGCCUUGGUGACCAGUGUGGUUAGUGAUCUGGACCAUGUCCAAUCUAGGAUUUAGGAGAGGGAUGGUUUAAACGGCAUUAGAUUAGCUCAGUCUCACAAACCCAGGCAUUACAUUGACUGGCUCAGCGCAUGCUAAACAUCUAAAGUACAGUUUAUUUGCUCUUGACUGGGUGUUUAGAUGGCUAAAUAACAGUGACUAAACCAUCUUCCUACCCUGGUGUAGCCAGAGCCCAGGAAGCGGGCGCACCCAGCUCGCUAAGGAGACCUGUGGCUGCUGUGAAAAUGGCAGGAGUUGCAAUCAGCACAGGAUGGAAAGGCUCCCUGGGGAAGGAGGGGGCUGACUAAAAGAAGGGGAGAGGUUAGGAAUGUGGGCAGUGACUUGCAAAAUGAGGCACUGAAUGGGCAGGUGCAGCUGGGACACCUGGGAGGGGUGAACUACCAGCCAGAACCUGGCUGGGAGAUGGGACAGCCAGAGUGGCCAGAAGGAGCAGGUGGCAAAGGAGACCACCUGGGUCUGUGAUAGGAUGUGGCUGCAGGAAAGGCUGGUGCAGGUUGAUGCUAUGUGUGUGUCUCCCACAGCAGGAACAAGCCCUGUUCUGUGCAGAGCUGAGGCAGUUGGGAUGUUGUGUUUAGGCACUGAGCCUCUCGGUACUAGAAAGGGAUUGACAAACCCCAGGGCAUGAGAAGAGCCACAAAACUGUGCAGGGAGCUGGAGGGGGUAAUUGGCCUAAGGGAAUGAGGGAGGGAGAGGGGUAACGUGCAGGGCAGGGGCAAGAUUAGGAGCUCCAGCCGGUGACUAAGAAAGUGAAUCUACUUCCCUUGAUUCUUCUUGGAGCAUCAGUCUGACAGGGUUUCUCCUUCACUUCCUGCUAAGCACUCCUGUGUGACUGUUCAAUAGCUGCCCAGCCCCACCCCAGCAGUGGCUGCAUGUUAGUGCUGGGUGAGGGAUCCCUGUGCAUACAGGGGAAGUGCUUUGGGAUCCUUCAGGGGAAAGGAGUUGGAGAUGUGUUGAGUUGAUUAUUUAGGGUGUGGUCUCUCUCCUGUUUCUUCCCAGCAUGUUGUACUGAUUACCCCCUGGCAGAGGACCCAGUGCAGCACCGAAGGCACAGACUCCCCACCACAGGGCUGGAUUAUCUCGGGGUUCACGGUGCUCUGACCGGGGUUGGGCUUUGACACCCCCCCCCAAGAGUGGGGAGAGCCCAGCUGCAUUACUCUGUGGCCAUGAGGUGCCUUGUUACCGGGGGCAAUGUCAAAGUCAUAGGGAAGGCCGUGCACUCUCUGUCCCGCAUCGGAGACGAGCUCUACGUAGAGCCCACAGAGGAUGGGCUCUCCCUGCGUGCUGUGAACUCUUCCCGCUCAGCCUAUGCCUGCUUCCUGUUCGCCCCACUCUUCUUCCAGCUUUACGAGGAGGGGAGCCUGGACCCCGAUGGGGAGACCUUCCGCUGCAAGGUCCUCAUGAAGUCCUUCCUGGGUGUGUUCCGCUCGCUGCCCUCCCUGGAGAAGAUGGUGGAGAAGUGUCUGAUUUCCCUGAACCCCCGGGCCAGCCGGCUGGUCGUGCAGCUGCACUGCAAGUACGGAGUCACCAAGACCCACAACUUGUCAUUCCAAGAGUGCGAGUUGCUGCAGGCUGUUUUCGACAAGGAGCUGUGUGCCAACACGCUGCGCGCCCCUGCCCGGGUGCUGGUGGACGCUGUGGUCCAUUUCCCGGUGACGCUGGCUGAGGUGACGCUGGGGGUCAGCCCUGCCGGGAAGGUGAGCUUCCGCAAUUACCUGGAUGAGGAGACAGAACCCAGCAGGACAAUGGUGACCGAGCUGUGCCUCGCCGAGGACGAGUUCCAGGAGGUCCAGGUGCAGCAGCAGUCCCAUGUCACCUUCUGCCUCAAGGAGUUCAGGGGUCUCCUGAGCUUUGCCGAGUCCUCCAACCUGCCCCUCAACAUCCACUUCGAUUCCCCCGGCAGGCCAGCCAUCUUCACUCUGUCGGACCCCCUGCUGGAAGUGCACCUGGUCCUAGCCACCUUGUCAGACCCCAACAGCAGCUCACAAGUCCACUCCACAACCUUGCAGGCCCGUCCAGCCAAUGGUGGCUUUCCCACGGCUACCCCUGAUGACGACUUCACAGGUGAUGACAUUGAUUCCUACAUGAUUGCUAUGGAGACCACAUGUGAAGAGGGGCCAGGGCUGCCCUCCAGCCCCACCUUUCCCCAGAGACGCCCCCAUCCAGGCACUGCCCUGGAGUCAGAGAGCAGUGCCAUGGAGAGUGACCUGGAGGGGGCUGUGCCAGGGACCCCCCCACAGAAAAAGUUCCGCUCCUUGUUCUUUGGGUCGGUGCUGACCCCGUCUCAGGCUGGGACCCAUCCAGGGCCCAGCCAGGAUGUGCUGGCUGAGGACAGCGAGGGAGAGUCCUGAGAGGUCACCUUCUGCAGCCCAGCUCCAAGCCCCCUCCCCCCCAAAAAGCCCCCAAGAGCCUGCGUGGAGAAGCUGGAUUUUACAACUCCAUCACCUCUGCUGGAGCAGGGCAGGAAGACUAGGCGGGGCUGCUGCUUCUGAGCCACUGUGAAUAGACAUGGCCCUGUAAAUAAAGCUUUUAUAAUAAG